AUGGACUCCCCCUUCCACAGUUCGUCGUCGGCGGCCGCUCGUCCUCGAAGCGGCCACGCGCCCAUGGAUCAUCAGGCCUACCGCUACGGGGGCUACUCCCAGGACGAGCCAAGCACCUACGAGCGACACCCGAGCUACUCGAACCUGAAGCGUUCCUUUUCGCAAGCCGAGCCCCCCGCUUACCAGGAGAUCGUCCAGGAUCUCCGGGACGACGGCUCACGCCUGACUGUCAACCAGGACCACAAGCUGUUGGCAUUUAGACGAGCCCAGGACAAGUCGACCGUGGUUGACCAUCACGGCCGCGUGCAGCAGAUGGAUCUGUCCGCACAGCUGCACGGCAUGUUCUUUCUGUCGGAGAUGCCCGCCAACGCCACCGACGGCUCGACGAUGCAGCCCGAACUGACCUGCUACCGUCGCAACCUCUUCCAGAUCAGCGGCUCCCUGGUGAUGCCGCGAGGACAGCUUUCCGUGCUCAGCGAGUCGAACGAGACGCUUCCCAUUACCAGCAUGGAGGUUUCCAUUUCCGCCAUCGAGUCAGUCGACGGCAACAGCGUUCGCCUCAUCGUAAUCCCUUGGAAGACGCCGCCACCAAACACCCCUGAGAUCGCGCAAACGCCGGAUCAGGAACCCCCUGCUGUGCCUUUGAUACCAUUCCAGGAUGACGGCGCGGACGCCGACGGAGAAUUGGCCGUCUAUCCCGUUGGGUGGCGUCGGCUCCAGUUCAGAAUUGCCACGGCGAACAACGGACGCAGAAAGGAACUUCAACAACACUUUGUACUGCACCUGAAGGUCCACGGGACACUUUCUGACGGCAGCAAGGUUGUGCUCACGGAAUCGACUACCGCCCCUAUCGUCGUGCGAGGACGAAGCCCACGCAACUUCCAGGCACGCAAGGAAAUUCCUCUACUAGGUUCCAGCGCCGGCUCACGGGGCCAAGCUUUGGUCGAGACCGGGCUUGGUGUUGUAGCCAGCGCCAUGAGCUUGAAGCAGGACAAGGCAAGGAGCAUCGAUAUGCAGGUUCCGCGUUCCUCGUUUACGUUCAGCCCCCCUAAGUCGCAAGCCAGCUCUCUGAGCUCGAUGCGGUCUAACUCCUAUCCGUCAUGGAGCCAGCAGGUUCCUACGUCAGGGCCAGGCGCCUACCCGUCAACAAGUAUCGGAGGCGAACCGUACCCGAAGCUGCCACUCGCAGGCGCGUCCAGCUUCGCCAGCGAGCCUCAGGAGUUGCCGCUGCAGACUUCCUUGGCACCCUCGUUGUCCCUCACGACGGGAGAGCAGCCGCAGUCCUCGCUCCGGUCGCAGUACGCCUAUACCAGCUCAGCGCCCAGCGUCACCAUGGGCGCGACAGACGGCGCCUUCAACAUGCCCCGAUAUCUAGACGGAAACCCCAGACCGUCUAAGAGCCCCCGCCAGGCGGGUCAUCAGUCAGUGCACAGCUCUGGCUCCAUCGCAAACACGGACGCUUCGUCCGACUACCGCUAUGGCCCUUACCGGACCUCGGCGGCCAGUACAAGCGACGCCUCACAUGCGCCUAGCUAUACAUCCGAGUCGUCAAACUCUACCAACCCUUCGUCUAGAGAUUAUUAUCCCUCGUCGAACAGCUGGACAACGACAGCGGCGGAGCCCAGUUCCAGCCUAGCAUACGCAGGCGCAGACGCACGGUCAUCGUACUCUUUUUCUCACGAGCCUUACAAGAGCGGAGCGUCCACUAUCCCGCCUCUCAAGCAUGAGGUGGGCUCGUCGGCCGUUUACGGCAGCGGUCCUCGCGCCGCUUUUGACUCCAUGAGCAACUACUCGUGGAGUGCGGCGUAG